AUGCUUCGACCUUCGAAGACGAGAAUUUCAUCAAAGAAUACCGGAAGAACCAUGGCUCGCUUGUUGCUUUUGAGCGGGGUGUUCCUGGUGCUCUGCAUGACAUCAGCGGUGGCCAAGGGGCAGGAAAAGGACUUUUUUCCAGGCAUCCCUGACAUCAAAUAUGAGGGCCCUUACAGUCGCAACCCACUGGCGUACAAGUACUACAACGCAGAAGAGGAAAUCCUGGGGGGGAAAAUGAAGGACUGGCUGCGUUUCAGCGUCGCGUUCUGGCACAGUUUCCGUGGCGACGGCUCAGACCCCUUCGGAUCGCCGACCCGGCAGUGGCCCUGGGACGACGGUACAGAGACGCUCGAGACGGCCUUUACUAGAAUGCGCGCCAACUUCGAGUUCUUGAAGAAGCUGGGCGUGAACCUGUGGUGCUUCCACGACCGGGACAUCUCCCCAGAAGGGCGCACUCUCGAGGAGACGAACGAGAUGUUCGACCAGGUGGUCGACUUGGCGCUUUCGCUGCAGAAGGGCACCGACAUUCACCCGCUCUGGGGCACUGCGCAGCUCUUCAAGCACCCGCGCUACGCACAGGGCGCCGCAACUAGCCCCGACGCCCGGGUGUUCGCAGUCGCUGCUGCUCAAGUGAAGAAGUGCUUGGAGGUGACGAAAAAGCUCGGGGGCGAGAACUACGUCUUCUGGGGGGGCCGGGAGGGGUACCAGACGCUUCUGACGACCGACCUGAAGAAGGAGCUGGAUCAUAUGGCGCUUUUCCUGCGACUCGCUGCAGAGCACAAGAAGAAGAUUGGCUUCAACGGGACGCUGCUGCUCGAGCCGAAACCCCAGGAACCCACCAAGCACCAGUACGACUGGGAUGCGGCCACAACCAUCGGCUUUUUGGAGCACUACGGUCUGGGAGACGAGUUCAAGCUGAAUAUUGAGUGCAACCACGCAACCUUGGCUGGUCACAGCUGCUUCCACGAGCUGGAGUUCUCCCGCAUCAACGGCAAGCUGGGGAACAUCGACGCCAAUACCGGGGACGCGCAGACUGGUUGGGACACAGACCAGUUCCUGACGGACCCGACUGAGGCGGCGCUCGUGGGACUGGCGAUCAUCAGGAAUGGAGGCUUGGCGCCUGGAGGGAUCAACUUCGACGCGAAGCUGCGGCGAGAGAGCAUCGACGUCGAGGACCUGUUCAUCGGCCACAUCUCGGGGAUGGAUGCGCUCGCACGGGGGCUCCGGGUGGCUGCCAAGAUUGUCGAGGAUGGGGCCUUGGAGAAGCUGGUGCAGAAGCGGUAUGCGGGAUGGACUGGGCUGGGGGCCAAGAUCGAGGCGGGCACGGUGAGCCUGGAGGACCUGGCCAAGGCGGCCGAGCAGCUGACGCUGGACGACCUCACCUUUUCAGGCAAAGAGGAACUUGCCGAGGUCAUUCUGCAGACCUUCGUUUCCGGCCCCUUCAUCCACGAGGCUGAGGCGCAACCCGUAGGUUCGGAAUCUGGUAGAACCGAGCUGUAAAGCUCUCAACCCUUCCGGCGAGACGCGCUUGGCACAUCCUAUGCAAGUCAGCUGUAUUAUGUGUAUGACCCAGUGAUGAGCAGAUAAAGACACGAGAAGGUGUACAGGUAUGUACUUAUAGUGCACUCAAGGAGAUACAAGAGACAGUGAGUUUGUCCAAGGAUGGCCAGAGUCUGCAAGAAGCUUGGUUACUGGCAUGUUAGAGGAACCCACUCCAACUGCGUACUUUGCUUUCCUGCUGUCCUCAACUCAUUGUCGCAUCCCUGAGGAGUAGGUUCCCAAGGUUUCUCUCACGAUCCCAAUCAC